GGCUGCGUACAGAGAAAGGAGAGAAACAUGGCGGGGCGCGGGAAAAGAAAAUCCAAAUCUGCAGCACAGGUGAACAGACAGACCAAGCGGGCACGGCCUGAAGAGGUGGAGCCAGAGGCAGGAUCUAAUCAGAAGGUGGAAUCAUCAGUACCUGAGCAGGUGAGAGAGGAGGUGGAGCAUUUGUACAGUCUACGUAUGCCACUCGACUUCUACCACUUCUGGGAUUUUUGCAGCCAACUGUGCCCGGAUAACCCGCAAGAUGCCCUACUGGACUCUGUGGGUGUGCGGUUAGUUGGGCCGUAUGAUGUUGUGUGUGGUAAACACACUCGCGUGUCAACACCCAACUUUCACCUGCACUGGAGACAUUACUACGACCCACCUGAGUUUCAGACCGUCCUCCAGGGGGACACGCCCACUCAGCUGCACCUGGGAUAUUACAGAGAUAGUCCUGAUGCCCUGCCGGUGUUUGUGGGGGAGAACGAGGCAAAGAAGGGCUGUACCAUCACACAGUUGGGGGAGAACCUCUUUGCUGCAGUGUUGCUAUUAAUAGACAGGAAGAAGUGUGAGCGAGGUGGGCGGGGCAAUGAAGCGCUGGAGAAAUUGGAGGUGGAGUUAAAGAAGGAGGCGGAGCAUCUGGGUUUACCACUGGAGCAGAAAACCAAAGCCAUGAAGCAGAGAGACAGGAAGGUGGUCAGUAAGACAUUUCAUGGUGCCGGCAUUGUGGUGCCUGUGGAUAAAAACGAUGUGGGAUAUCGAGAGCUUCCUGAGACUGAUGCUGGACUGAAGAGGAUCUGUAAGGCCAUAGUGGAAGCUGAGGAUGAUGAGGAGAGAAUGAAAGCCUUCGCCCCUCUACAGGAAAUGAUGACGUUCGUGCAGUUUGCUAAUGACGAGUGUGAUUACGGCAUGGGCUUCGAACUCGGCAUCGAUCUCUUCUGUUACGGCUCACAUUAUUUCUCGAAGGUGAUUGGCCAGCUGCUGCCCAUGGCAUACACCCUGCUUCAGAGAGGAGUGUUUGCUGACAUCAUAAAGACUCACCUUGCUAACCGUUCCCAUGACAACCUUGAUCAGCUGGCAGCUGAAUGAGAGGGUGGAGUCACGUCCAUGUAUGUGUUUAUUUUGGGGCAGAACAAAUACACAUCAGUGGUCAUCUGACGUGUGUGUGUGUGUGUGUGUGU